AUGGUAUCUCGUCACUCUCCCCAGUGCAACUUGCAGUUGGCAAGAACCAUAGGCCUGGUCAAAGAAGUUUUUUCUGCAAUUGCACCUGUAGUUGGUUUAUCUGUUGGUUUGGCUGUGGGUCAAUCUUCAAUUGCUGAUGAAAUUUCAGAUCUUGUUAAGAGGCCUAAGCUUGAGGCAGGAAUCUGUUAUGACCCAGAAGAUCAUUUCCAAGAUUUACAAAGUGCUGUAGAUAUAUUGGUGGCCACCCCAGGAAGACUUAUGGACCACAUCAAUACAACUAAAGGAUUUACACUUGAGCAUCUAUGUUACCUUGUGGUUGAUGAAACAGAUCGAAUGCUUAGGGAGGCAUAUCAAGCCUGGCUACCAACUGUACUUCAAUUGUCUCGCUCUAAUUAUGAAAGCCACUUUCGUUGUGGAAAUACUUUUAAUCAUUCUAUAUUUGGUUCCUUAAAAACCAUUAGAAGAUGUGGUGUUGAGAGGGGAUUUAAGGAUAAGCCUUACCCCAGGCUUGUGAAGAUGGUUUUAUCUGCCACAUUAACACAAGAUCCAAGCAAGCUUGCUCAGCUUGAUCUGCAUCACCCUUUAUUUUUGACAACUGGGCAAAGUCGUUAUAAGCUGCCAGAUAAGUUGGAAUCGUACAAACUGGAAGUCAGGGCUUGA